UAAUAUUAUUAAUUUCAGAACGCAUAAAAUUGAUUUCAAUGAUUUACUAUUGAUUUCUUGUAUUUCAGAGAACGCACCACAGUCGAUAAAUUCUUGCCUAAACCAAGAAUAUAAAGAGUCGUAAAGAAAUACUAAAAGAACUCUACCAAUUCUGUCCACUGUCAUUUGUCACUGAACUACCAUUGCCUCAAGAUGGAUCUUCAGUUUCAACCAGAUUUUAUAUACAAGAAUUGAAUUCCAUGGGAACGACUCAACCUGAAUUGGAAACUGCAUUGUAAUCGCCUCUAUACAGGUCACAUUGAACUAAUCUAAAACAUCAUUAAACAGGUGAAAGAAUGCAAAUCCUUUUGCAAACGGAGCAUUCUAUAUCGCAUCUACACUGGGAUUUUACAGAGAAUGUUAUUAAACAAAUCAAAGAACCAAGUGGAAUUGAACACACACCUUUCAAUAACUAAUCGGUUACUACAUAUCUUUCAACAGUUUCUCACGUGUGACGUCUCUUAUAGGACACGGUAAAAGAAUCUUAGAACCUGCGGUCUCUGUGUUUUACUGUCACAAUUCUACACUUUAACUGUUAUUUUGCUUUAUUGUAUUCUGACUGUGUUGUACUAUUUUCUAUUUCUAACUAAAGGAGAAGCGAAAUAAGUUACUAAAUUAACCAUAACUGACAUAUGCUGAUCCUUACCUUUCUAAUGAUCGAUAAAUGACUUGCAUGUUUAACAAUAAUAAUUAUACCAAAAUCUUGUGAAUUAUUACAGUACUACGACACAUCUUAAUCAUAAUUUUGAAUGAACAUAUUUCAUCCCUUGAAGAAAAUACUAUUUUAAGACAAAAUAAAUAUUUUUUUAAUAUAAUGAAAUCAAUCAUGGCAAACAGAUCCAGAUGAACAAAUCGAAAGAGUAAUUUGUUAAACUGCAGUAACUGUCCGUUAGUUUUUGUUGGAAUAUUUACAAUUUACAUCAUUCGCUGUUUAUUAUACGUUCAGACUCUCUGGAGUUUCAGGUUUACGAUAUUUGCAUUGAGAGAUUCAGUCGGAAGGACGUAAUAAUGUCGAAGUACACCAGUUGUAUGGAGCGUUAUUAUUCAUGUCGAUGGAGACUAUGUUAUGCUUCUACUGUCGUUUUUCUUCUCUCGCAAACACUAAGAGUUGAUCUAAGCAUGGGAUUUGUUUGUAUGUUGAAGAGACCCAAUCGUACAACUGAGGAACUUAACAUUACUUCAACUAACCAACAUUGUUCUGGUUCGAAUAGUUAUUCAGUUAUUCGAAAUUAUGAAGGAGAAUUCGAAUGGAGCGACACCUUACAAGCAACCAUGUUAGCUGGGUACUUCUAUGGCUCUAUAGCAACUACUUAUUUGGGCGGUUUAUUGGCGGACAAAUAUGGCGGUAAACGAGUUCUUGGUGGUUCACUUCUCACUUCAUCCAUUCUGACCCUUCUUUGCCCAAGUUUAUCACGAAUUAGUGUGUACUAUAUGAUUGUUCUAAGAAUAUUAAUAGGUAUGGCAUCAGGAGUGGUGGCCCCAGCGAUACACUCCGCAUUUGCACGUUGGCUCCCUCCAGAAGAAAUUAGUUUAUCCAUUGGGUUUACAUUCGCCGGACAAAUUGUAGGUACCGUUGUAGGUCUUUCAACAUCAGGUUAUCUUUGUGUUUAUGGCUUCGAUAAUGGAUGGGGUUCUAUAUUUUAUGUAUUUGGUGGAAUAUCGUUGCUGUUUAGUUGUGUGUGGUUUUAUGUUGUUUAUGAUAAUCCAGACGUCCAUCCCACUAUCAGCAAAGGAGAACGUGCUUACUUGAAGAGAACUGUAAUAAGUAAGAGACUAGUUAAAAAAAUACCUUGGAAACGACUGCUUUUUUCCCCUGCUGUUUGGGCCAUCAUCUUCGGUUUGUUCGCUUAUGCCUGGACUUUCAUAACUUUCGAGACAUUGCUCCUCUAUAUAUGAAAGAAGCCUUAAAGGUUGAU